AUGGCUUCUUCAGUACUCUCUGUAGCUUCACACUCUGCUUCAUUUCCAUUGCAUGAUUCCACCAUCAAGGGAAAGAUCAAAAUUGGAAACAACGGUUUGAGAUUUAGCCAGUCUUCUGGUCGGAUCUCUAUGGUUGCUGCGGUUAAUGUUUCUCGGUUUGAGGGUAUACCGAUGGCUCCUCCUGAUCCAAUUCUUGGAGUUUCUGAAGCAUUUAGAGCGGAUACGAGUGAUGUUAAGCUCAAUCUUGGAGUUGGGGCGUAUAGAACUGAAGAAUUGCAGCCGUAUGUGCUUAAUGUUGUGAAAAAGGCAGAGAAUCUUAUGCUGGAGAGAGGGGAAAACAAAGAGUAUCUCCCUAUUGAAGGUUUGGCUGCAUUUAACAAGGCGACUGCAGAAUUGUUACUCGGAGCAGACAAUCAAGCAAUCAAACAGCAAAGAGUUGCCACUGUCCAAGGUCUUUCCGGAACUGGUUCUCUGCGACUUGGUGCAGCUUUCAUAGAACGAUAUUUCCCCGGGGCAAAAGUUUUGAUAUCAAAUCCUACGUGGGGUAAUCACAAGAAUAUUUUCAAUGACGCCAGAGUACCAUGGUCUGAGUACCGAUACUAUGAUCCCAAGACAGUUGGAUUGGAUUUUGAGGGCAUGAUAGAAGACAUCAAGUCAGCUCCGGAAGGAACUUUUGUGUUACUUCAUGGAUGUGCUCAUAACCCUACCGGUAUUGAUCCAACACCGGAACAGUGGGAAAAAAUAGCUGAUGUAAUUCAACAAAAGAACCACUUUCCAUUUUUCGAUGUUGCUUACCAGGGGUUUGCUAGUGGAAGCCUAGACGAAGAUGCAGCAUCUGUUAGAUUGUUUGUGUCACGUGGCAUGGAGGUUUUUGUAGCUCAGUCAUACAGUAAAAAUCUCGGUCUUUAUGCUGAAAGGGUUGGAGCUAUCAAUGUCAUUUCCUCAUCACCAGAAUCUGCAGUAAGGGUGAAGAGCCAAUUGAAAAGGCUUGCUCGACCAAUGUACUCCAAUCCACCUGUUCACGGGGCUAGGAUUGUUGCUAAUAUUGUUGGGGAUCCAACUCUCUUCGGUGAAUGGAAGGCAGAAAUGGAAAUGAUGGCUGGAAGGAUAAAAACUGUUAGACAGGCGCUAUAUGAUAGUAUUUCUUCAAAAGACAGGAGUGGAAAGGAUUGGUCGUUCAUACUUAAGCAGAUAGGCAUGUUCUCAUUCACCGGCUUGAACAAGAACCAGAGUGACAAUAUGACAAAUAAGUGGCAUAUAUACAUGACAAAGGAUGGAAGGAUUUCCCUGGCAGGAUUGUCGCUGGCGAAAUGUGAAUACCUUGCAGAUGCUAUUAUCGAUUCUUAUCAUAAUGUCAGCUGA